UCCCUAGUGGCGCGCGGGGUUUGCAUCCCAGCGCCCUGUGCCCGGUUUGGGGGCUGGGGUGGCGGGUGGGCCGGUGGCCUCCAGCGUUAGCCUGAAACUGGAAUCCUGCGGCAGUUCAUCUUCCUUAAUGGAAAAUGUGGCCUUAUCCAUCCUCCCGUCCGAGAAAUUAAUCUCCCCAAGAACCAGAAAGAAGUACGGCCGGCGCCGCGGUUUCUGUCUGCCAAGUCAUAGUUUGAAAGAGGGGCUUUGGAACACUGAAGGGAUUCAGUUUUUCUAUCCCAAGUGGUACAACAAGCUCAUCAAUUUUGAUGCAUAGUGAUCAGUCUUGCCUCCUCCGAGUUUUGUCCUCUCCAAGCCAUAGCCACGUAUAACCUGAAUUAAUUGUGCACAUCUUCUGAGUUCGUCUGAAGCUUCUUGGAGUUUGGUCAUUGGCAAAAUGCUUCAAGUGGUUUAAAAACUUCUUUGUGGUUACCAUUAUCUUCUGUUGACACUGAUCCAGUGUACCGACCUGCUCCUCAAUGUGAUGAGGAAUGAAAUUUGUUCCCUGCUAUUCAUGAAUACGUCAGGGAUAUGCAGUACCCAUCAUAAGCUCCUAAGAGUUGCCUUCCACGUAGCCCAGCAGCACCAUGAAAUCCAAUCCUGCCAUCCAAGCUGCCAUUGACCUCACAGCAGGGGCUGCAGGGGGCACAGCAUGUGUACUGACUGGACAGCCCUUUGACACAAUGAAGGUGAAGAUGCAGACAUUCCCGGACCUAUACAGAGGCCUCACAGAUUGCUGCCUGAAGACCUACUCCCAGGUGGGAUUCCGCGGCUUCUACAAGGGCACCAGCCCGGCUCUGAUCGCCAACAUCGCGGAGAACUCAGUGCUCUUCAUGUGCUACGGCUUCUGCCAGCAGGUGGUGCGGAGAGCAGUUGGGUUGGACAGACAGGCAAAGCUGAGUGAUCUGCAGAACGCAGCUGCCGGGUCCUUCGCCUCUGCCUUUGCCGCGCUGGUGCUUUGCCCCACGGAGCUCGUGAAAUGCCGGCUACAGACCAUGUAUGAAAUGGAGACAUCAGGAAAGAUAAUCAGUAGCCAGAAUACAGUUUGGUCUGUUGUGAAGACUAUACUUAGAAAGGAUGGCCCUUUGGGCUUCUACCAUGGACUCUCAAGCACUUUACUUCGAGAAGUACCGGGCUAUUUCUUCUUCUUCGGUGGCUAUGAGCUGAGCCGGUCGUUUUUUGCAUCAGGGAGAUCAAAAGAUGAAUUAGGCCCUGUGCCUUUGAUGUUAAGUGGUGGAAUUGGUGGAAUUUGCCUGUGGCUUGCUGUAUACCCAGUGGAUUGUAUAAAAUCCAGAAUUCAAGUUCUUUCCAUGUCUGGAAAACAGGCAGGAUUUAUCGGAACCUUUCUAGGUGUUGUGAAAAAUGAAGGAAUAACAGCCUUAUAUUCUGGACUGAAACCUACUAUGAUUCGUGCAUUCCCUGCCAACGGGGCACUAUUUUUGGCCUAUGAAUACAGCAGGAAGUUGAUGAUGAGCCAGCUGGAAACAUAUUGAAGUGUCCUGGUGGGCCUGGAUCUAGGCACAGGCGUUUGAGGACUCCUGUUCAUCUCAGGGUUUCACGGAGUAUGAGAACAAUGUGGAAUUAUUUUGAAUAUUUGGGAAUUUUGUUUUUGUGUUCCCUUCUUCUACCCUACGUCUUAAACUUUAUGGAAAGAUGUAUACCUUACAUCAUAUAUUUUCUCCCCAAUUGUGUUGUUCUUACCCUUGAUAGAAUAUGCAGGGUGGCUGAUGGCCCAAUGAACCUAAUUUGAAAGGCUGAAUAUAGUUUUAUUAGGGCAUUAUUACUUCAUGAAUCCAUAUAUGUGCAUUUUGGAUAGUUAUAUAUUGAGAGAAAUUGGUUUCAUGUUUAAUUUAAAAUAUCAGAAAACCCAGAGGUGACAAUUUUUCACUAAAUGGUUAUAAAUGAUUGCUUAAACCAUUCUAGUUGUAGGGACUUUAAAGUCUGCUGAACCUGUGUACUGAGGUUCAAGUUUUCACAUGGUACCUGAAAACUAAAAUAUCCAUCUAGAUUUUUAAUAGACUAUACCUGCAUACUGGUGUGGUUUCCAUAUUCUUACUCAAGUUUCAGAGUAGGUAUCUUGGAUUUUCCCAAGAAGCUUUACUCUUAAAAUAGUGCCAUUCAUUUUCUAGGUGGGCUCAUAUUCCACACUUGACUAUGUUGCUGGGUGUAUCCCUAGAAGAUCAGGCCUUUGGGAAGCUUCCCUUUUUCUCCUUUCCCAAAGAGCUUUCCCUGUGCUGGGCUGUAGAUGAAGGAAAGGGCCCGGAGAUGGGCUCUGCUGGGCUGUGCUGUUUGAUAAUGGCUGAUAGCAGCUCUUAAACUAAUUCUGUCUCUGGGUCCUGGCCUGGGUGGAAUUAUGGGUGUUCUAUUGGCCCAGAUUCGGGGCUGUUGAUCCACUUUGGACCACGUUGUCCUCUCUGUCCCACCAAUCGGAUUUCGCCUUCUAGGGAACAGAGAGUGCCAAAGUCAAAAGAAGCCUUUGAUCCCUGUUUGGUGAUCAAGUAAAUGUGUAUAUGGGUGAAGCCCUGUUCUCUCAGAACUGGAAAGAGCUUAGUGCUUAGAUUUCACAGUGAAUGAUGGCAGGACUGACCCAUCUUGAAGUUUACCUCAGAAUCCACAACUGCUUGCCAUGCUUUUUCAGUGUUGGAGCCUUUUGCAUUUGGGGCUGGCAGUUUAAAUUUUAAUGGGGUGUGAAUUUACAAAGAAGUGUAACAUAAGAAAAGCAAUUUUAUUAAACUAGGUGGUAUGUAAUAUAGGGUCCAACCAGAACAAAGCCCACAGUUCAUCUGCUCUCCAUAGAUUUGGGAUGGGCAGCUGUGAUCUAACAGGGUCAUUCUUAAUGACCUAACUAAAGUCAGCCUUAUCUUCCGUGCUACUCCAAGACCAGCAGGGCCACUCUCAGUAAGACGUGUUCUUAGACAGCCUAUAGAGCAGAAGUCAGGCAGGCUGACAAUUUUAACGAGUCUUACCUGGUGUGUCUGUCCUUGUGGGCAGAAUGUAAAUGCUGGGCAACACCUCCUGUUUCCUUCGGCUUUCUGCUCUCAGACAAGCCUGUGGCAACUCUUAGCCAUGGUGUCAGGAGAACAGGGUCAGGGAAUCAAGGUGCUACCAAAUGGGCAGGGUGGAGAGCCAGGGACAUUUGGGGUGCGGAUGCUUGUCAUGCCUGAUGUGCUACAGAGCUAGAGCUGAUCCUCCAUUGGCUUUUUCUUUAUGGAAAAAAAAAACAUUUUUUUUCUACUUUUCUCUAUAUAUUAAAUGCUCAGUAGCUGCUGAAUGGCACUUCAUCUGAACAGAACAUGGGACUGGCUUCUAAUCAGAGCCUCCUUCCUCAGUGCCCAGGAACUAGUCCAUGUUAGCUCAUUUGGCAGUAGAUCUUCUCAUGAGUUGUCCAUUCAAGUUUUAACUAAACAUCUUCCAUAGAAAUAGUGUGCAGCAAGUGGAAGUGAGAAUGGAAACCUAAGUCUGGAGAAUUUAUUUUUCUUUCUAUUUGUUUAAUUUGUGAUUCAAUAUUUGGGUACAGUGUGUACCAUUUCAGAUCUGUACUCCAGACAAAAAUAUAAUAACUUGAAAUACUGUGUUAAAUUUGAGUGUUCUGUCAUUAAAUUAUUUACCUAA